ACACAAGCAUUUCGCUACACCCGCAAUGCAUGCUGUGACCAAGUGCAUUUCAUGCAUUGCUUGGCCAUGGAUGAUAAUUAUAUCAGAUAAAAAGACGAGUGUGUGUGGCAAGAUAACUUAUAAGUUGGUAAUUAUGAAUGAUUUGUAAUGAAUAGAUAUGAACAUGAUUCAAAGAGGUUGUAAUAAAAGCUGCUCUUGGGUGAGGGCCAAUACAGUGAAUUGAACAAGUCAUGUGGUGAGAUUUGCUACACAUGCACAUUCUUAUGUAAGUAUGUAUGAAACAAAUCAUGUGGCAUGUUGAAUUCCAUAUCUGUUUUCCAUCUGGUUGUAAAAAAAAAAUAGUAUGGUGUGACAUUCAGGUGUACACACAAUUGUUGCAAAUACAUGUACACACAGGCAAUGUAUGCAUUCUUAAAAUAGGAGACACAGACUGGAAAAUCUAAUUAUUUACUUAAUGGAUAAUCUCUUGUGGACAGACUACAUAAACCUAAAUUACCAAAUUACCCAAGAUUACUUCAUUGAUAAAGAAUAGAUCUCAUAUUAUUUGAGGAUGGAUCAGUUCAGGAUUGGGUUCAGGAUUGGGCUGUCUAAACGCUACCUAUGACAUGUCAGUUCUCCUCUGUGUGAUAAAUGUCUUUAAUGAAAAGCAUUUGACAUUUAGGCCCACGUGUUACAUAGCCUAAAUAUUUCUUCACAAUGUAAAGCCAUUCAAAAACAUAUCUGGAUAUCGCUCAGCUAAAUGACGUAAAUGUAAAUGUAAUUAUUCCCACAAUUUUGCAAACUAUUCAAUCAUACCAGACAAUUAAAACAAGAGCAUACGUUUCGCUGAGUCAAGUUAUUGGACUUAGUAAAUAAUGUGUCAUCUUACAUUUUCACUUUUCAUGUACUUAAAUAAUGUAGCAACCGUAGUUUAUAAGCGCGGAUAUCGCUACAAUAAGAUACAUAAUUGAUAAGAACACAUUUAGGUCUAAACAUCUAGGCAUAAAAAAAAACUUUUGUCUAUUAAUUUUGUAAACCAAAUCGCGAAUUUGCUUGAACACCAUAAAGGGGGCGGGAUAAGAGGCGUUCUCAUUUUUCGUGUUUAUUUUUGUCCUCCAUCGCAGUUCCUCAGUCUAAUCGAUUUGAAAAAGUAAUUUAAACGGUUCUUUACAUAAUUCUGGCAGCCUUUAUAAAUACAGCAGAUCUCCGCUGCCGCACUCAUUUAACCUAAAUGCAGGCCAAUGGUAUAUCUCCAACAUGAAUUCACCAGACGCGAAGGAUCUAGGAAGAGUGCUGUGCAUUAUCACCGGGGCGUCCAGAGGAUUUGGCCGAACCGUAGCGAAGGAGAUUUCCCUGUUGUUCAAACCGAGGUCGGUGCUUGUUUUGGCGGCUCGCUCCGGGGAGAAAUUGCGGGAACUCCAGGAAGAUUUGGCCUCGUCGGAUGCGGACAGGGCAGGGUUGGUAACUCGUUGUGUUGUCGCAGACCUGGGGAUAAAAGAAGGGGUGGAAAGUGUCAUCAGGGCGGCGAAAGAGAUUUCCUCCGAGGAUAUGGACCAUCUCAUACUGAUUAACAAUGCUGCCUCUCUGGGAGACGUUUCGCGCUACGCCAAGAGCUUCACCAACAUGGCGGAGGUGGAUUCCUACCUGUCACUCAAUGUCAGCUCCGCCCUCAGUCUGACGGCCGGCCUGCUGCAGGUGUUCCCACCGCGACAGGGGCUGCGGCGCUGCGUAGUCAACGUGAGCUCGCUGUGCGCCCUGCAGCCAUUCCCCUCCUGGGUGCUGUACUGCACGGGCAAGGCGGCCCGAGACAUGAUGUUCCGCGUGCUGGCAGAGGAGGAGCCGGACCUCCGAGUACUCAACUAUGCCCCAGGUCCCCUGGACACAGACAUGCAGGUGGAGGCCAGGGACAGCACGGCAGACCCUGGCGUGAGGAAGUCCUUCUCAGCCAUGCUCUCCCAGGGUCAGCUGCUCACCUGUGAAGACUCCUGUGCUAAGCUGAUGAAGGUGCUGCUGGAGGAUGACUACCCCUCCGGAGCACACCUUGACUUCUAUGACCUGUAGAGAGGGGAACUAGAAGACACUGUGGGGCUCAGACUGAAGAUGAAUAUUCAUGGUGUAGGUACAAUUGUAUAGCCAGAACAACUGAUACUGGGUCAGAUUAGUUAGCUUCGAAGAUGGUUUUGGGUUAAUAAGAUCUGAUUCUAAACCUGUUUUCGUGGGGGUAAAGAUUGAGUGGACCUUUUACCGAAUCAGAAGGAAACAUGGAGAGAAGGAAGGAUAAAGCUGUUUCCGUCAUCCAAAGCCAUAGGCCUACUGUAGUUACUGAGUUCGGCAAACUAUCCUGAGUCUGUUGGCGCCUAACAUUCCAUCCCAUGACAGUACUGUUCUAAUUUGCCUUCUAACUAGAAUUGCCUUGGAACUUUUGGUACCAAAAUAGCAUCUAUUAAAGUUCUUUAUCUCAAACUAAGUUUGCUGAACUCUAAACUGUGUGUCUUUAGAUCUGCCAUUUCCGAGUUGUUACAGUGGUGCUGAUAUGCUCGCGUUUGUACAAAAUGACACUAAGCCUAACACAAAACCAAUCAAGUAAAGACCGCAACUUAUUGGUGAUUUAACGUUUAUUAUUUCUUGUUCCUUAUAUGAUCAUGAGUCUAUACUUGAAUGGUGCUUUUAUGCAUUACCUCUGCUUAUAUGUAGAUCUGUUGUACUAUGUAGAUGUACCAUUCAAAAUCAUUCCAAUGUGAGACAAAAUGUACUGCUGUUAAAGCAAUUAUUUUAUCCUAUGCUGUUUAUCUUCCUGUCAGCACUUUCAUUAAACCCUUUGCUUUUUAAGAGUUGUAGCACUCUACUUGUGGCAUUUCAUGGAGGUAUUCCAUAUGUUUAUCAGUGUUGUGGUGAAAUCCUGCAAGGAGCGUUCCCCGUGCGCUGCCACUUUAAGAGCGCACCAGCUAUCAGGAAGGAAGAAGUAAAUGUCUCGUCUGUCUGUGUGUGAGAGCUCUCGGUUGGCGCGACAGACAAACCAACGGGUGUAUCGGACAGACAAGUGCAACUGCAAGCCGGACGUUAACAGCUAAGACAAUCUCUCUCUCUCUCUCUCUCUCUCUCUACACUGGAGCUGACAUUUUGUGUUCAGUGCGGUUGGGAACUGUAAAUGCUCUGUUAUUUACAUUUUCGUUAAAGGGAGUGUGUGUUUGAGUACUGUAUAUUGCUUAUAAAAAAAUGUAUUCUCUUGGAA